GUUUGUUCAUUUGUAUUUACCCUCCUUUAAUCGACGGCAGAAAAAUCGAUCAUCAAGGAAGUGUAAUCGCUAUCUGCACACUGAUCUGUGAUACAGACAUCAAUAUAUCUGUAAACAUGGCUUUGAGACGAGCGCUGCAUUUUGUUUUCAAAGUUGGUGACAGGGCCAAAACUGCCACAUUUUACCGAGAUGUUCUGGGCAUGAAGAUUUUACGCCAUGAGGAGUUUGAGGAAGGCUGCAAAGCAACGUGUAACGGCCCCUACGAUGGAAAAUGGAGCAAGACAAUGGUUGGCUUUGGCCCAGAAGAUGACCAUUUUGUUGCUGAACUGACAUACAACUAUGGGGUGGGGGAGUAUCAACUUGGCAAUGACUUCUUGGGUCUGACUCUGCAGUCCAGCAAAGCUGUAAGCAAUGCUAAACGUCUGGGAUGGCCUCUCACUGAGGUAGGAGAGGCUCUGUAUCUGACCCAGGCUCCAGGAGGUUAUCCUUUCUACAUUGUGGACAAAGAGCAGCCUUCCACUGACCCUGUGCAGAAGGUUUGUCUCGGAGUAUCAGACCUCCAGAGAUCGACCCACUACUGGUCUACGCUCUUGGGAAUGAAGCUGAUAGAAAAGAACGAGGAAAAGAAAACAGUGCUGAUGGGAUUUGCAGACACUCAAUGUAAACUGGAGCUUCACGAUAACGGUGGGGCAGUAGAUCAUGGAACAGCAUUUGGGAGAAUAGCUUUUUCAUGCCCACGGGAGCAACUGCCUGACCUCGAAGCCGUGAUGAAAAAGGAAAAUCAGAAAAUUCUCACUCCAUUAGUCAGCCUGGACACUCCUGGAAAAGCCACAGUAGAAGUGGUUAUUUUGGCUGACCCAGAUGGUCAUGAGAUUUGCUUUGUGGGAGACGAGGCUUUCAGGCAACUGUCCAUGGUUGAUCCCAAAGGAAAUGAACUCCUUGAUAAAGCUAUCGCCGAAGAUAAAAGUGACGAGUGGUUUGCCAAACACAACAGACAGAAAGCUGCUGCAUGAGAUGAACUGCCUGGAGAAUUGUGCACCAUGAAUAUCUCACCAGUUCAUAUGAUGAUGAGAUGCUGAACAAGACACCUGUAGUGUAAAUCUUCUUAUAAUGACAACUCAAUUAUCCUGAGGCUGGCGGCAUGAGAUUUAUUUUCCCCUGGGUGCACGCCACGAGGCACAGUUGCAUUGACAGCACUUUGUGAAAGGACCACUAGUUCAAGUUGAUGGACAUUUUCCCAAUAAAUAUUGUCACUGUCAGGCAGGGAGGUGGGCAGAAAAAUCAAUUUAAUGCAACUACUUCUUUUAAAAUCAUUAAAGAGUCAUGUUUUGUUGUUGUGCCCCUGGUGACCCUCCUUCAUCCAUUGUCCAUGCAUUGUAUAUGAAUUAAUUAAUGCACUUAAUUACUGGGCUGAAAGAUUCAUUUGCAACAGUUAAAAACAACUUUAAUUAGAAAAAUGUAGCAUGCAUGCACAAAUUAAACUAGAAUAAAAAAUGUGUACACAUCAUAAUAAUACAGGACCUGACUUAUUGAUGAUACUGGACUUCAGAAGUGUAUAUUCCUUAAAUUAGCAGCCAGUCAAAUUACCAAAACCCAAUUACCUGUUGUGUACCUGGAGCUUUUGAGAGUCUGGGACCUUUGGGCAGUUGUUUGGAAAUCCAACCUUGAAUAUUAACCAUUAAAGUAUGCUUUUAAAUGCA